AUGGACAGUCACUUAGCUCCGAUCUUCUCGACUGAUCACAUCCUCUUUAUAUUUAUGGGCAAGCCAAUAGAAGCAACCUGUACUCAAGCAGUGCCCUACGACUCUCGGAGCCCUACAUCUUGGCCCUGUGAUUCUCGGUGCCUACGACUCUCGGUGCCCCACACUUUGGUCCUACGGCUCUCGAUGCCCAACGACUCUCGAGUGCAACGAACUCGCCUGAUUUUUGUAACGAGAAGGGCGGAGAAAGUGACCGGCUGUGCUGAGCGGAGAGAGGUAACUAAAUGGAGGAUAUAUUGUAAAGACCGCCCAAGAUGCGGGAAUUUCUCCAGCAGAUAUAAAUACUUUGGUUGCACCCAAGGUUCCGUAGUUAAUGCAGGUCAGUCUGCUUAUCCAGAUUUGAAAUUGCCUAACUUUUGUGAGAGCAAAGAUGAUAUUCAUGAUUAUCUUGCGCGUUUUGAGAAGAUUGCAGAAAUACAGAAUUGGGAGGUAGAACGUUAUCACAUUUACCUUGGAGCACAAUUGACAGGAAAAGCCUUAAAAACUUAUAUUAAUCUGCCUAAUAAUGUUCUUUCUAACUACGAAUUGGUUAAGGAUGCCUUGCUUAAAACUUAUUGCUUAGAUGCCGAGUCUUAUCGUAAGAAAUUCCGGGAAAGCAAAGUGAACGAGACAGAGUCGUAUGUUCAACUAGUUACUAGAAUGGAACAGUACCUAAGAAAUUGGAUAAGUCUUAGUGAAGUGAGGGAGGAUUUCAACGACCUUUGUGACUUCCUUGUUAGAGACCAAUUGCUGAGCAACUGCUCUUUAGAUUUGCGGAUAUUUUUAAAAGAGCGAUUAUUUGACAACACUCUUGAUAUGGCACAAGCUGCCGAUAGAUUCAGAGCUGCGCAUCGCAAUAUUAAACCGCGGAAGACCUUCUCUGCGAGAGAAGAAACGAGCGAAAAGCGCGACGUUAAGUCCGACGUGGUGUGUCACAACUGCAAAGCUACGGGGCACAUUCGACCUAAUUGUCCUGAAUUAAAAAGAUCGCGGUCGGGGUCAUCUAAGGUUAACUUCGUUUUUGAAUCGGAUCUUACUCCGCAGAACAGUGUUACCGAUGAUGCGAUUUUAUUUAACAAACCUGUUAAUGCUCUCUUUGAUUCGGGAUGUUCAACUAUUAUAGUAAAAGAUUCGCUGAUUCCCCUGUAUGUAAAACGACGAAAGACCAUUACACUAUACGAUUACCUUGGUGUCGGCAAGACUUUUCCCGAAAUACGGUGCUUUAUAAAGAGUCGCUUUUUGACUGGAUGGGUGAAUGCCGUUGCGGCACCCAUCAAAUUCACCGACAUGUUAAUCGGAAUGGUACCCGGGGUCAAGAUGCCAGCACUAGAUUUAACGGGCAAGACUAAUAAUGGUAAAACUUCAGCGAUUGAUAACCAUGAAAUUGCAAGUGCCGAUGACUUAGUCAUGAAAGUUCAGACUCGAAGAGGUAAAAUGGCUGACCUUGCUGAACCUCGUGCCUUAAAUGUACCAGAAUUUAUAAUCAAAGAUAUCACAAAACAAGAGCUGAUGGAAGAACAAGGCAAAUGCGUAACUCUAAAUGACAUAAGAUCAAAAGUAGAGAGAGGGAGUAUAGUCAAUGUCAAACAUAGAACAGUAAAGUAUGAAAAAGUUAACGAUCUCAUUUAUAGAAUUUGUCUUCAAAGUAAAAAAGAAAAUGAGAUUGGUAUGAAGCAAUUAGUUGUCCCUCGUAAGUUUAGAUAUAUCAUCUUAUCAACGGCACACGAUUCCCCUGUUGCAGGACAUUUUUCGCAUCGUAAAACAUCUGAGGAGAUAUUUUACAAAUUCUUUUGGCCAGGCGCGGGUGCCGAUAUAAAGCGCUUUUGUCGUUCGUGUCCAACGUGUCAAAGAUCUUCCCCUAAAGGCAAAGUCAAGAAAGUACCAUUGGUGUCCAUGCCCGUGAUAAAUGAACCGUUUUCUCGCGUUGCCAUAGAUCUCGUAGGCCCGUUAUCACCUUCAGAAAGAGGCCAUCGGUAUAUCUUAACUCUAAUAGACUGCGCUACUCGUUUUCCUGAAGCUGUUCCUCUACGCAGUAUCGAUACGGUAACUGUCGCUGAAAACCUAAUUGAUAUAUUUUCGCGUGUCGGUAUUCCUAAAGAAAUCUUGUCAGACCGCGGCACACAGUUCAAGUCCGACCUUAUGAACGAGAUAAAUAGACUUUUGUGUGUAAAGGCUCUCUAUACGAGCCCGUAUCACGCGUGUUGCAAUGGCACAGUAGAGCGGUUUCAUGCAGUUUUGAAAUCCAUGUUAAGGAAACUAUGUAUGGAACAACCAAAAGAUUGGGACCGAUACAUUCCCUCGGUGCUAUUUGCCUACCGUGAGAUUCCUAAUGACACUUUAAAGUUUUCUCCUUUUGAAUUGUUGUAUGGCCGUAGGGUUCGAAGACCACUUACAAUUUUGUAUGAACUGUGGACCAACGAUAAUCUGGACAGUAAUGUAAAGAACACCUAUCAGUAUGUGUUAGAUCUUCGAACUGAAUUAGAGGAAUCUGCUCAGUUAGCCUCAUCUCAUGCUAAGAUCAAUAGUAAUCUGUAUAAAGCCUACUUCGAUCGCGGCGCUAAAGCGCGCUCGCUCGCUGUUGGCGACGAAGUGCUCGUUUUGCUUCCUUCAAUGCAUAACAAGCUCACUAUGCAGUGGAAAGGCCCAUACACCGUUAUUAAACGUCACGAUAACGGAGUAGAUUACUUAAUUAAAGUAAAGGGUAAAGCCAAACUUUACCAUAUUAACAUGAUGAAAAAGUUCAUUAAAAGGGAGGACAUUGAAACGCCUAAUGUUUGCCAGAUAUGUGUAGUAGAUGAUGAUAUUGCUAGUGAUGACACGUGCGAUGUCUCUGUAAUGAGCAAUACGGUAACUAACUUUAAUAUCGGUGCAGAUCUAAAACCUGAUCAAAUAAAAGAGCUAAGGAACCUACUUGAUAAAUACCCAGAUGUAUUUUCAGAUAACCCUGGACUAACUAGCUCGGUAACGCACGAUAUCAAAUUAACUACCACCGAACCCGUACACCGCAAGCCUUACGCGAUUCCUCACCAUUUGAUUAAACCAUUUGAGGCAGAAGUACAGAGAAUGAAAGAACUUGGAGUGAUCGAACCAUCCGAUUCGCCGUACUGUUCGCCCGUAGUUCUCGUGAAAAAAGUCGAAUAA